UAAAUAGUUAUGUAAGUUUUAAAGUUGAAAUUCGAAUAAUUUUAUUUUUUUGUUGUUUGACGACUCUUGUCUCAUAAUAAUCUAUGGUCGAUGCAUGCAUUUUAACUUGUUCAAAGAUUGAGUUUAAUUUCUAUUUUUUUAUUGGUUUAGUUUCUGUGUGAUAGAAAAUGGGAGCGUGUUGUUCAACUGAAGAAUCACGCGAACAUUGCAUGCGUUGUAAUCGUAGAGCAGUUAACAACCUGAUUAUAAUAGGAAAUGUUUGUGAAAUUUGCCUCCACAAUGCCAACAGAGUUCAGGAAUUGUCUCAACCAUGGAGGUGUCCAUAUUUUGGCGAGUACCGAUGCACGUCAUGUGGCCGAUCCUGGUCUAGCCGUUUGUCCUGGCAUAACACUUACCAGACUUGCAAGAACUGCCAGAAGCAUGUGUAUCCUCAUAAACAAAGGGCCUUACUUCCUUCAGAUAGAACAUCGAAUAGAAAGAACAAACAAGAACAUCAAAUGGACUACUGUCAAAUGUGCCAACAACUAGGAUAUUAUUGCGGGAAAUUUAAUACACGAAUUACUUACAAAUCACGUUAAAUCACAUUAUAAGAUGGGAAGAACGGCUGGUAGCUGUCUGCAUGAAGCAAAAUAUAUUUGCCCACGAUUGUAUUGUUAUAAUUAAUGUUAAAAUCAUAUGUAUAAGUAUAUAGUCAUUCUUAUUGUGAUAACUACGUAUAAUAAGCCAUAUUUUUUAUAUAUAUUAAUAGAUGUUCUAUUGAAGAAUAUAUAUAUAUAUACACGAUGAAUACUUAUAUGAAGACAUUAUAAACAUUAAAUUUAUUCAAUGCUGCAUCUAAUUCACACCUACAUGAUAUAAAGAUGUGCUACAGGUCGCGUAACGCUCCAUGAGUAUAAUAAAAAACAAGUAGCUAUAUAUAUACAUUUAUGUAACGGGGACAUAACGUAUUAUAGUUGAUGACAGUCCUUAGUUGUUUUUAUUAUUUCUGGCUGUAAAAUAAAUAGUUUAUGGAAGCUUUAAAAAAAAUAAUAAGAAUAGAUAGUUUAUGCAGUAGCACACAAAUAUCACAAGAGCCACAUGACCAGAGAGAGAUUAUAAAAGUUGUAUGCUGCAUGAGGGGUAUCAUGGAUAUCAGUGUAUUCUGUGACGUCCAUGGUGUUGUUCACUUCUAUAGGUUACGAUUACCGCUACCAAACACGUUUGUUUGCCAUUCUAAGUAUAAUAAAAAAUUGUGAUUAACUUGUGAUGAAUUAAGUAAGAGACAGCUGUUUUCUUCAUAACUAGUUAUAAAUAGUUUUAUGCCGUGUUACCCUCAGGUCUCCAUGCAUUGAAUUAAUUCAUUACACCGGAUAUUAGUAGUACUAAUUUAAACGAUUCACUUUUAUGGUUUAUCCCUCUUAAUUUAUUUAAAAAUAUUAUAAAUGAUUUUAUAAUUUUAUAAAUAAAAGAAUAAUUUUUAUUACAA